UUCUAGUCAAAGCCAUCUCAAGCUUGCAGAAGAUAUAUCUGUAUAUACAGUACAUGUUAAGUACAAAUGUGCUGCUACUGUAUUCUUGAAAUUAUCAUGUUCUAUGAAAUUGCCUGUUUACACAAUUUGAUCAGCAAUUCUUGAUGCUGCACACGAAAAUGAAAAGAUUACGAAAGUAUGUUCUGUGCAUUUUUGUGUUGCUUGGAUACCAGUUUGCAGCAGUGUGUCCACUCACUGAGAAGGAGAUCUUGCUGCAAUUCAAAGGUAACAUAUUAAGUGAUCCUUACAAGAGUUUGAGUUCAUGGGAUUCAAGUAAGAGCCUUUGCCAAGAUUUCAAUGGUGUGUCCUGUAAUUCUGCUGGAAAUGUGUAUAAGAUUCUGUUGUGGAAUACUAGUUUGGGUGGCAUUUUGUCACCAGCCUUAUCAGGUUUAAAGUCUUUAAGAAUUCUUUCAUUUUUUGGAAAUAAAUUCUCCGGGAACAUUCCAACUGAGUAUGGUGAGAUUGACACAUUAUGGAAAAUGAAUUUCAGUUCCAAUUCGUUAUCUGGGGAUAUCCCAGAUUUUAUUGGGAAAUUAUCAAAUAUUCGGUAUCUUGAUUUGUCAAGAAAUGGAUUUAGCGGAGAGAUUCCUUCAGCAUUGUUUACAAAUUGUUUCAAUAACAAGUUCAUUUCUCUGUCAAGAAAUAACCUUUCUGGUUCGAUUCCUGUGACAAUUGGGAAAUGCUUCAAUCUUCUUGGGGUGGAUUUUUCAUUCAACAAUCUUAGUGGGGGCUUGCCACCACAAAUUUGUGAUAUUUCAGGUUUAGUGUACUUUUCUGUGAGCAACAAUGGGUUAGCAGGACCUGUUGAGGAACAGAUAUCGCGGUGUAAAAGUUUGGAAUUUUUGGAUCUUGCUAGCAAUAGGUUUACUGGGUCAGCCCCUUUUGAUGUUCUUCAAUUUAGUAAUCUCACCUAUUUCAAUGUUUCUUCUAAUGAGUUUGUGGGGAUGAUCCCAAAAGUAGAAUCUUGCAGCCAGAGAUUGGAAAUAUUAGGUGCAUCAAGUAAUGAACUUUCUGCUGAGAUCCCAGGUAGCAUCGCGAAAUGCAGUGGCUUAAAGGUUUUGGAUCUUGGGUAUAAUAUGUUGAAUGGAAGCAUUUCUGUUAACAUUUUAGACUUAAAGAGGCUUCUUGUCAUUCGACUGGGGAGUAAUUUGAUUAGUGGAACAAUUCCCACAGAAUUUGGAAGUAUUGAAUUACUUCAAGUUCUGGAUCUGCACAAUCUUAGCCUUGUUGGUGAAAUUCCAGAUGAGAUAAGUAAUUGCAGGUUUCUGCUGGAACUGGAUGUUUCAGGUAAUGCUUUGCAAGGAAAUAUUCCGAGCAAACUUUACAACAUGUCGUAUCUUGUGAUUCUUGAUCUGCACCAGAAUAGUCUGAAUGGAAGCAUACCAUCAGUUCUUGGAAAUAUGUCGAAUCUCCAGCUGAUUGAUCUAUCAGAAAAUUUGCUAUCAGGCCAAAUCCCUUUACUGUGGAAUCUGUUGAACUUGACUCAUUUUAAUCUCUCUUACAACAACCUGUCUGGUGUCAUACCAUCCUCUUCUACCAUCCAGCAAUUUGGAGCAUCAGCAUUUUCUCACAAUCCAGGGCUAUGUGGUGCUCCUCUUACAUCUUGUUCGCGCAAUGACACUAUUCCUACGACAGGGAAAUCUAAACUUCUGAGUGUUUCGGCCAUUGUUGCAAUUGUCGCAGCUGCAGUGAUUCUCAUUGGUGUUGGAAUGGUAACCAUUUUCAACAGGAGGGCUCGUCGUUGGAGAAGUGAUGAAGUGACAGUGGUUGAAGAAAGCACACCGAUGGGAUCAGCAGAUUCAGAUGUCAUAGUCGGAAAAUUAGUCCUUUUUAGUAAAACUUUGCCCUCAAAGUACGCAGACUGGGAAGCUGGCACUAAAGCUUUACUGGACAAAGAGUCCCUUAUAGGCGGGGGUUCGAUUGGAACAGUCUACAAGACGAAAUUUGAAGGUGGGAUCUUGAUUGCAGUAAAGAAGCUCGAAACUUUAGGAAGGAUCCGGAACCAGGAUGAAUUUGAGCAAGAAAUCGGACGAUUAGGAAACCUUCGCCAUCCUAAUCUUGUUUCUUUUCAAGGUUACUACUGGUCCUCUAGAAUGCAGCUAGUUCUGUCAGAUUUUAUUUCUAAUGGAAAUUUAUACGACAAUCUUUACGGACUCAAUCAUCCCAGCACUAGUACGAGUAUUGGUAAUCAUGUAUUGAACUGGUCUAGAAGGUAUCAUAUUGCUCUAGGGAUAGCAAAAGCUCUUGCAUAUCUCCACCAUGAUUGUAAACCUCCAAUUCUUCAUCUUAACAUCAAGUCUGCUAAUAUCCUGCUAGACGAAAACUUUAAGGCAAAGUUAUCUGAUUUCGGGCUAGUAAAAUUUCUCCCUCUGCUCAAUAACGGUGGAAUAACAAAAUUUCACAAUGCUGUCGGAUACAUUGCUCCAGAGUUGGCACAGAGUUGGAAGCUGAGUGAAAAAUGCGAUGUUUAUAGCUUCGGAGUAGUGGUACUGGAGCUUGUUACAAGUAAGAAGCCGGUGGAGUAUCAUCAAAAUGAAGUGGUGAUUUUGUGUGAAUAUGUUAGGAGGCUGAUUGAGAGUGGUAAUGUUUCAGAUUGUUUGGACAGAAGUUUGCAUGGUUUUGUAGAGAAUGAGUUGAUUCAAGUGAUGAAGUUGGGAUUGUUUUGUACUUCAGAAAUGCCUUCUAGGAGACCAAGUAUGUCUGAAGCAGUUCAGAUUCUCGAAUCUGUUAGAUUAGGGUUGGAUUCUUGACACUUGUAGCAUCAUAGUCAAUUAACAGGUAGAGUAGUUUUGUUUUGUUUUUCUUUCCUUCCCAUUUCAUUUCAUUUAACUUGCUUCUGUGGUCCAAAGUGGACCUGUAUGGACAGAUUAGACAUUAUAAAGAUGCUUGUGGCUUUCAGCCAGUUUCAUUU